AUGUCGGUGCACAGUCGGUCUCGAGCCGUGUUGCGGGGUGAAUCGGCCUCGGUUUCCGAGGACGUGUCUGUGGAGGAGAUGUCUCGGCUGUCAGUGCGCGGCGGGAUGGUGGUGGGGGGCGUGUUCUCAUCGUCUGUUCAGUCGCAUAGUGUGUUGGGUGAUCAUUGUUCAGAUCGCACGAGUUUGUCUCGGUUGGAGUUGAAGGAUGGGAGUAGUGUAAAGAUUGGAUCUUCUUUACGACGUGGGACGGAGUUGUCUGCAGAGUUGUUGACGGGUAGUGAAUUGAGGAUGCCAUGCAGUGCUAAGGAAAGCCAACUGCAUCUUGAGCUGAGCGAAGACUCAGACUACCAUGUACAUCGCAGCUGGGUCGCCAGCGAACGUCCUAUCAACCUAGCCGUACCGCCGUCUGAAAGCUCCGUCGUCAAGUACCUCACUCCCAAAAGCUCGGUUGACAACUUCAACUCCAACAAGACUUCAGCGCUAGAACGUAAAACAAAGGCCCUCGGUUGGCAAUCUAUCAAUGCGGCUACAGGAGCUGCCGACCUUACACCUGUGCCCGACAUCAUGCUCAUUGGAGACCAAGCCUCUGGCGUCGCAGUCUCAGCCGCCGCAGUCUCGGGAGACGUAGCCGGGAAGGAUGGCGACGUAGCCGGGAAGGAUGGCGACGUAGCCGGCGGCUCGGCCAAGAAAGGGGCCGCUCCGGCCAAGGGCCCCGGGGGAGGAGCCAAGCCUGAAAACAAAACGCAGGGCAGAUUCGCGGGGACGGACGAUGAUGCGAGCAAGGAAGGAGGAAAGGACGGAGGAACGGAAGGAGCGAAGGAAGGAGGUCGCGAUGGUGGCAGGGACCGCAACCGGGAAUCGGAGCGAAAUCGGGAGCUAAAGAGAGACGGUCGGGGGUCGGGAGAGCGAGGGUCUGCCGAGCUAGACACACCCCUUACGGGUAAGCAUCGCCAGGAACGGAACCAGGACCGAAGUCAAGAACGUGGAAGUCAGGAGCCUACCACAGCAGAACCCCCCGUGCCAGCUGGAGGUUCGAGCGACCCUGAACAGUACUCACUCACAGCACGAUCGUUAUUGAACGAGCACGACCACAACGGCACGAGAAGAAGCCGUUUUCUCAGGGACCCGGCACCGCGGCGGAGCGCCAAAGAAAGCAAACGGCGGAAGCGUGAAGGUGAAGCAUAG